GGAGCGCCAUGGAAUCACAACGCCUGCUGACGAUCGUACUGCUCGAGCUGCUGCUGGUACUGGGCCAGUCCUGGGCAAACAAUAACCGCCUCAACUUGCACAACAACUACAGGAACAUGUUGGUGCGCUUGAACACCAAUAAAGUCGCACUUGGCGGGGUCCAAGAACUGCGCGAAGGCCUGGUGGAGGUGAGCUUCGAUUACGGCGCCACCUGGGGCACCAUCUGCAGCACCUCGUGGAGCAUGCGGGAGGGCAAUGUAGUGUGCCGUCAGCUGGGUCUGGGCUAUGCCUCCAAGGCCACUCUGAGCACGGAGCAUGGGGACAACAAGAAACAUCCUUGGGCCAUGGUGGGAACCCUUUGCCGGGGCACUGAGUCUCGCCUGGCCGAUUGCUCAAGGGAAACCAUCUACCCGAGCCUCUGUAAUGUCCAAAAUCGCAAUGUCAGCGUGGUGACCUGCGUUAGCCACUCGGCGGAUCUCGAGAUUGGACUGGCGGAUAUUGAAAAGAGCGCCCGUCUGGAGGCAGUGCCCAUGUCACGGCUCACUUGCGCCAUGGAGGAGCACUGUGUGUCCGCCGAUGCGUAUGAGAUCCGCAGGACGCAGCCGAAUGCCGCCAGGCUCUUGCUGCGCUUCUCCGUAAAGGCCUCCAAUGUGGGCACUGCCGAUGUGAGUCCCUAUGCCAACUACAAGGACUGGGUGUGGCAUCAGUGUCACAGGCACUACCACAGCAUGAACGUAUUUGCUACCUUCGAUGUCUACGAUCUCAAAUACAGAAAGGUGGCCCAGGGACACAAGGCCUCCUUCUGCCUAAUGGACACCGAUUGUCAGCCAGGUGUCCGCGCCAAGUACACCUGCGGGAACACCACUCAGGGCAUCUCUGUGGGCUGUGCUGACACCUACACUCAUGUCCUGGACUGCCAGUGGGUGGAUGUGACCCGGGUGCCAGUCAAUCGCCGCUACAUCCUUCGAGUGGCCCUUAAUCCGGAGUACAGGCUGGGUGAGAUCUCUUUCGAGAAUAAUGGAGCCGAAUGCCUGCUCGAUUAUACGGGCGUGAGCAGUACGACCAGGAUCUACAACUGUAAGCGUUCGCCUUUGUGGUUUAGAAAAUGAUUUUGUUUAGGUUUUAAGAUAGUUCUAGGCGGUGGUGGUGAAUAUAUAUGUUGGUUAUGGCAUACUUUUGGGGGGUUUAUCUUUGCAAUUCGUGGAGGAAUAACUAUAAAUCGAAAGGCAUGGGGAAAUAGUGUUGAUCCAUAAAUCAGGAACAGAAUUUUAUUUGAAUUGUAUUCUUUUUUUAUUGUAAAAGCAAGAACCAGGAAAUAUCUAAAUAAUUAUACCAUAGUUAAACCCAAAGAAAAUACCUUG